AUGUCAAAGCUCUGCGAAAACUGUGCAAAUUAUUUUCUCAGAUUUCACCACAAAUACGAGUAUCAUGAAUCCUUCCGUCCAAAAGUAUUUCCGGUGAGACUUGUAAUUUCAACUACUAAUAUUCAUCUUUUAGUUCAUUUCAAAAAAGUUUCUGCAUAUCGUUGCCCAAUAUCAGCGUUGUACAUACGUCGUUUACGACGCUUGCUGGUUAAUGGCUGCGUAUGAGGAAAAACGGGAGGUCAAAUUUUCUUUUAUGAGUAAGUCAUAGACUAAAAUUUGGACACAAAAUUUGAAUUUUUUUAGGUUAUCAGAACGCAUAUACUUAUUUGAAGCACAUUCGACCUUUAAUCAGCCUUUUGAAGUUAUUUUUUAAUAUGCGAGAUCAGCAUUCGAAGCUGGUUUACAUCAAUUCCAAUGCCGCAGAGGAAACAAAUCAUAUUCUGAAAGCGUUUUAUAGUAAGUGCACUUUUUUGAACACAAAAAAUAUUUUAGAAGCACGAAUUCCAGUUGUUUUCCGAGGCUAUGAUCCCUGCUGCCCACAAAUAUUUUAUGAUAUGAUUGCUGAUGACUUUGACUAUAAUCCAGAGCGAAUACGAGGAUUCGCGAAGCAAUUACACCCGUUUGCAGCAAGGAGAGACGAUCCUCGUGUAUUUGAAGAGGUGUAUGUUGAAGCAACGGGAGUUGGUGAUUGUACGUUGUACAUUUCGAUGCAUUUUAUUUCUUGUGAUUGGUGCUCAAACACAUUGCUUUUAGACUGGAGUUUUAUGCUUGACAUAAAGACGAGACAUCUGAAUAACAUCCUGCUUGAGAACCUUCAUCCGAUUGAUCCGUAAGCCUACCUUAUAGUGAAAAGAAAGAGACCUGUCAAACCGAAAAUUAUAUCAGUCCGUCAGGAAAAUAAUGGCGGGUCUAAAUAAUAGGCUUUUAGCUUUAUUGUAAUUUAAAUUUCGAACCAGAAACGUCGAGUUUCACCAAAUUUUUAUGUUGUACUUGCUUCACGUAUGUGACCCCUCCGUCAAGCUGCUAUUCCUUAAAAUUAGUCCUGUUUUCAUGGUAUAAUUAACCUAGUGGCCAGUCCUAAACCUAUACUCCCCGUACAAUGUAUUGACCCCCCUCCUAACUCCGUCCAAAGUGUACUAAUUCGGACCAAAUUUGGUAUGUAGUAUACUCACAGGCUAGUAACAAAAAAUAACAUAGCAGGACAUACCUUAUAGUUGAAUUUCAAAAGCUAGGGGCAAUUUUCAAAAAUCACCUUAAAAAAUCGAGGAAAAAGUUUUGACCCCCCUUAAAAAACGUUUGAUAUCGCCAGCGGAUGCCACGCAAACCUAUUGUAAUCGACGUCCCAUACCUGAAUACAGGUUAAUAUAUGGUUAUCCGUUGAAUUCUUCGUUGUAUUUGAGGAUUCAACGCGUUAAACCGUUUUUGAUGUAGAGCUGCCCAAAAUUGUAAAAAUCUUGCCCGAGCGCUUUCCUAGAGCUCUAAAUUGGGUUUAUAUUAUGUGCUUUAGACCUGUAUUUACCUUCUCCUUUCAAUAAAAGUGCGUCGUGGCCUGGCGGUGUAGAUUCGGUAGAUACCCUCUUGUCAUGCCCAGCCUUGGUGAGCCAUUUGCUCUUUGACUCAAGGUCGAGAUGUGGUCGUUAGGUCCUCAAUGUAAUCCUGAGACCCUUAGUUACUCUCAAACAAAGAAUCAACUCCGGCUGACACGGUCUCAUAUGGUUUGCAGGCGCAACUUCGCCGAUCUGCACCUUAACGAAAAACCCGCGUUUUUCAAAUGGAUUUUUAGCCACCAAAAACGGCUUUCAUUUGAUGGACCAGGUAAUUUAAGGCGUUACAGCACCCACCAUACUCAUUUGAGACGUAUGAAACGCCAAAUGGGAGGUGGGGAUGUAAUAGUACUCGGAGUCAUCUACAGUAACGGCAAACUUAAGAUUAAGGUGAAUGAAACCCAUUAAAAAACGUGUCAAAUCAAAACAUUUUACAUUACUGAGAGUAAAUAGGAGUCUCAGGAUUACAUUGAGGACCUAACGACCACAUCUCGACCUUGAGUCAGAGAGCAAAUGGCUCACCAAGGCUGGGCAUGACAAGAGGGUAUCUGCCGAAUCUACACCGCCAGGCCACGAUGCACUUUUAUUGAAAGGAGAGGGUAAAUACAGGUCUAAAGCACAUAAUAUAAACUCAAUUUAGAGCUCUAGGAAAGCGAUAGGGCAAGAUUUUUACAAUUUUGGGCAGCUCUACAUCAAAAACGGUUUAACGCGUUGAAUCCUCAAAUGCAACGAAGCAUUCAACGGAAAACCAUUCAUUAACCUGUAUUCAGGUAUGGGACGUCGAUUACAAUAGGUUUGCGUGGCAUCCGCUGGCGAUAUCAAACGUUUUUUAAGGGGGGUCAAAACUUUUUCCUCGAUUUUUUAAGGUGAUUUUUGAAAAUUGCCUCUAGAUUUUGAAAUUCAACUAUAAGGUAUGUCCUGCUAUGUUAUUUUUUGUUACUAGCCUGUGAGUAUACUACAUAGGAAAUUUGGUCCGAAUUAGUACACUUUGGACGGAGUUAGGAGGGGGGUCAAAACAUUGUACGGGGAGUAUAUAUCUGUCCAUUUUUUGGCGAGUUUUCACAAAAAUAGGAAAAUCGACUUACAUUAUCCAUGGUACAACAACUAUUUUUCCGACAGUCUGAUAACUGCUUCUUUUUAGAUUCCCAAACAUGCCUCAUCUCAAGGUCAUAACUUGUGAAAUCCAGCCCGUCGGGAUCUAUUUUAAUUCCAUUGGCUUCUCUUUUUAUGAGCAGCUUGCCAAACGACUAGUUGAAGCGGCUCCAAAUUUGAAACGGCUCAAUCUGCUUUAUCACUCACAACUCUACCGCGGAGUAAGUCUUAUUGUACUUACAAUUAACUAAAUUUAUAGGGUAAAGGGUUCAUGGAAGAGGGUGUAAUCGAAGUUUUGACAGCGCUUAGCUAUGCAAUUCGCGGACUCAAAUUUCAUAUUGAAAAUGUGUUCGUAGAGAAGUUGGUGUUUGCGACUGCAUUUCUUCUUAAUGUAAGAUCCAUUUGCAAAAUUGUUACAUUGAUUUUUUUUUUGAUUUAUAGUAUUAUGAUCGUGACGCUUUAAGAAGAGCCCGUCGAAAGCUAAAUUCUGCUUCAAGCAUUCCUUCAAUAGUUCGUCAGCACUUCUCCGAGAACGAUGCCAAAGACCUCAAUUUGGACAUUCUGAAUCUGCAAGUUUUAGCCGAUAGCUAUCCUUCCCCGCGAUACGUUGAUAAUGUAUUCAAAAUCUGUGGCGGUCUGUAUUUCAAAUACUUGCAUCCGUUAUCGCUUUGA